AUGUCGACAUCUCUACACAUCAUUCUCAUUGUCGCCGCCCUCGGCUUCUGCCUCUCUGCCCAACAACUACAACAUGCCAACAACACAGCCGCCGCCUGUCGCAAGCUCGACCCCCCUCCACCACCACAGCAUAACACCGCACACAAUAUCACAUACUCUGAGCGUCCGGAGAGUGUGUCGUCAACGGCGACGUCGACAACGACAAUGUCGUCGAGAAUCAGCAACGACGGCGUCAGCAGCCGCGGCGACAGGCUGACAGACGAUAGCCAGGCGCGGCCGACGCGCGUAAAGACACCAGCGGCCGAGACGGUGCUGCCGACCAACACAAAGGUGCCCGUGGCGCUGAGCGCCGCCGCAGCGACCAAAUCCUCGGAUCCCGGGUUCGUUGCGCUGGUUGCGGCUUUGGGGCUGGUGACGCUCGGCAUGGCUCUCGUCUGA